CGCUAAGUACAACUAUUGUAAAUUAUGUAUUUGUUAGCUUUGUAACAACAAUUUAAGCAAUGUAAAGAUUCGAUAAAUUUACUUGUCGGCUGUCUUUAUGUCUGCGAUCAGUUAUGAAUAAUCAAGCUCCGAAUUUGUCAGUUGUCACAAAUUGUUGUAGUUAUAGGUAUGUUGACCGUACCUGAAUUAAAAACAUUGCACUAAUUAUAACUAAUAUAUACAAUAACUUAAUAAAAUGAUAAUGAAAAGAAAUUUAUUAGAAAGUGUCACAAUUAUAUCUUGUUGCUCAACAUUACUAUGCGUGUUAUUCAAUUAUGCGACUAAUAUAACACCACUAGCUGGUUAUUGGUUUGUUGCGUAUACUAUCAUUUUAUUUAUUGCAUCAAUUAUAUUUAGUGUUAAAAUAAUUCAAUGGUUAUUACAUUUAAAUAAACCAUUGAAAUACGAUUUGGAGUCUAUCAUUGAAAAAUAUCCUUACUCAGCCUUCUUAGUCAAAUUUCUGCCCUUAAUUUCGAAGAACUCUAAAACUCUUAAAGAUUGCAAGGAGUAUGAUACCAAUGAGUUAAGUGUAAUAACAUCAGUUUUAGAAAGGAAACUAGUAUCAUCAUGGUAUAUACAUUAUAUAUCACAAGAAAUAAGUUUCCCAUUUGCUUGUAAACAGAUGUUGGAUCAAAUGAUUAGCAAAGCCUUUCAGAUUAGCAAUAAAAUAGAAACUAAAGAUGUCUAUAUUGAUGUAUGUGCAAUAUUAGUAAGUCACUUAAAGGAAUAUAAAAAUGCAUUAAAAAGACAUGAAAAGCCCUCUGAAAAAUCUGUAGAAUCACUAUAUAAGAAAGUUCAUCAGAUAUCUGAUCUUAAAAAUCAAAAGACAGCUGUAGCUGAUCAUUGUGUAAAUAUUAUGAGGCUUGUUUUAAAAGAGCUUAUUCCGUGGGAGUUGUGGGAUACACCUCAUUCAGAACUCAUUGUAAGAAUCCUUGCUAAGAAACUGGAUACUUAUGUAGACUGCACAAUUUCCAAUCCUGUCUGGUUAAAUGAUAAAAUAUUGUCAAUAUUGACUUUGCAACACAAUGUACCUCAAAAGCAAACAAUUCCCAAUGCAAAUAUAGAAAAAAUAGAUUUAUCUAGUGUGCAAGAAGAUGAAAUAGUUCUUCCAACAACUCAUCAACCUGAAAUCAAACACAUUUCAACUAGUCCAUCUAAUCUUAAUAGUAAGGAACACAUAAAAACUACUGAAGAAAAUGAUAAAUGUAUUGAAGCCAAAGAAAUUUUAACAACCACAGCGCCAGUUGAAAUAAAGUCUGUGUUACGUCAGCGUAGAGGGAGGCAAGGGAAGAAUGAAGUAAAAAUAUAUGAUAGAGUCAUCGAGGGCAGUGUAAAGACAUGGGAGACAGAUAUGGAUCUCCAGUGCAUCAGCAUGGGUCAGGACCUUCUAGCAAGUCUGGAUGAGCUGACCCUCAGCAGACUGUGGGGCCAUGAAGAGUUAGAGACUAGUCCAAUUAUGAGAGGCACCUCUCCUCAACCAUUGUGGUUUGGUGAAGAAGAUGCCAUCGACCUAGACCCAGAGCCAGCUAAAGAGACGAAGAACAGCCCAAAAGCGGCCGACGCCUUGUUAAAGGACAUUCAGAGCACAGUGAACCAGGCUAAGACCAAGAUCGGAGACCUGCAGGUCCCGUUGCACGUAGACAAGCCUCCUGGUGACGAAGCUGCUGGCAUGAUGGAAGGUCUGUUGGACAAAGGCAUCGCGGGGAUUAAAAAAGGACUGAGAUUUACAGGACUCAGUGAUGACUCGCAGGAGAAGUCGCCAUCUCACCAGCGAGAAAAGCUGUCACCGACAGAAAGACGGGGCAAGUUGGAAAUGGUGACAGAACACAUGGAUAUUAAGGAGUACGCCCCUAAAGAUGACAACUCUGCUGUUCCCCAACUGGUGAAGCAGCAAAGGGUUACAUCUCAAGACGGCUCGUCUCAAGCCCGUCCAAGUGUCGAGGCCGGUGUGGCGAUGUCGGAGUCUCCGGAGCCGCAGUACGAAGAAGUAGCCGAUCUCUCACACUCCAUCGCCAAAUUGCGCUCUCUGCUCAACGAAGCUGCGCCCAGAAGCGAGGAGAUUUGGUGGGAGACAGCGGAAGAGACACGCGGACGGACUCAGACGCAUCACUCCGAGAGACACGUGGACACUGCCACUCUCGCCGACGAAUACGAUAUGAAUGUAGAAACAAACGCGUCCCCGAGCCAAAUCCCCAACAACAUGCAGAGGCUCGACAGAUUGUUCCAACGAACGGUGACGGGCGUGUUCAACUCGAUAAAGACAGCCGUGGGAGCCGACGGCGAAGGCGAGGUGCCUCGCCACUGGAACUACGUCACCACUAACGUCGAAUCCAGCGUGGGCAACGCCGUGUCCCGUCUGCUGGGCUCUCGUCGUGCUUUGGCUCACGUAGACGCGGCGCUGGACUCGCUGCAACAACUGCCGUCGCAGGCGCAUCCCGAAGAUGACCUCGAGGAAUGGACGUGGUCAAGCGGAGUUUGGUGCGCGGCGUGCGAAGUGCUCUGUGAGUUGGGGCUCCUCGAAGACCACGUCUCCUUCCGCCUGGCCACGCUGCUGCUGGCCGGCGUAGCGGAGACUUUGAUUUGUUCGCGGUUAGAAGAGCUGACGGCGUGGAUGAGACAACAAUUGUUCGCCGUCUUCGAGAGGAUGUCCGAGUCGGAAGCUGAACCCCAAACCCUUGAGACGUCGAGGAAGUUCGAUGUCGAUGAAACGUGUCGAAUUAUUUUAGAAAAACUGCCAGAAACGUACAUAUUCGGCGAAGAGAAGUUGAGUCGGGCCGUCCGUCUCCUGGUGAUGAGCUUCAGCCACGAGAGCAUCAACAGAGACGUCGUGUAUCGCACCAUCGACAUAUUCGUCCAGCACUUUAUCAAUUCAGCCGCAUUUAAGGAUAUUUCCUUCGAUGCUAAUUAAUAAAUUCAUUCAUAAUUGUAUAAUUGAACGUUAAGCAUUUUCGUAAAUAUUCCUAUAUUAAAUAAUAAUCCUAUAGUAAAUAUAUAUAUUCUGCUGUUCUUAUACAUUAACACAGGGCUGGAAAAUAUGAGCUUCAUAAUCUUUCGUUAUUUUUGAGACGUUUUAAAGAUAGUUAUUCUGCUUACAAUUUACAAUUUGCUGUCAAUUUCCGAAAACCCCAAUACAGCACCGUUGUCACUCGUCUCUGUUCGGCUACAUCGUGUUCUCGAAGAAGAGAAGUCUUGCAAGCUUUUGAGUUAAUAGAAGAAUCUGUUUUUAUAAUCCAACUUGCUGGAUAUUUUUAUUUAAUUUGCAUAAUAACGUACGAAUUUCCACUUUGAUAUGCGUCAGUAAUCUAAGCGAUCACUGACGCAUUGACGAUCGUUGUCGUACUAUUGUGGUCUGUUGUAGAAUGACCAGCGCUGCGGAACACGUCUGUUCCACAGCAUAAUGCAGAGACAGGGCCAGUUCACUACCACAGCACACACAUAUUGCACACAAAUGUAUCCUUAUUCCUUUUUUUUUUCAUAUUUUUUGUUAUUUUUCUUUUAUGUGUAUGUACUAAGUAAAGGGCCGUUCAAGUAUUACGUAAUUUAUCCCCCCUUCGUCGUGUAAGCCGAGCUCUAAAAAUAAUAGUACAUACACGCAUUAAUUUUUAAUAGAAAUCCUUGAGAAUACAUUUCGUUUUCAAGCAUAGUUAAUAUAUCGGUUAUAUCUAAAAAAGUUAUUGAUUACUGUUGACGUAAUCACCCCCUAUCACCCCCCCUAUAGUGCCAACGCAAUACUUGAAAGGCCCCUUUGUAUAUAACCUUCUUGCGUUUUAUAAAAAUUAAGUUUGUGUUUUGUUAGCUGUUUGAUUAUACUUAAAGCUCUCUAUUACUUGAUCUCACUAAUAUUAAGAAAAAAAUACCAAAAACCAUUUUCUUUAUUUUAUAU